AUGUCGGCCAACCAGUUUCCCCACCCAAAUGGCAUGGAGUCGUUCUGGAGGACCAAGACAGGGUCUCUAGACCGCCACCGCACAACUCCUGAACUUCCAAAAGUAGCCGACAUCGUCGUGAUUGGUGGCGGAUACUCUGCAGCAGCCUUUGUCGAACAUCUUUUGGAGGCCUACGACCGCGACCCAUCCUCCAUUCUUGUCUUGGAGGCUCGGCAGCUAUGUUCUGGUGCUACGGGGAGAAAUGGCGGCCACCUCAAGCCUGACAAUUACCACGCGACGGCCCGUUUGGCCAAAGAAUACGGUUUCGAAGCUGCAGAAGAGCUCGCUGUGUUCGAGAUGGAUAACGUCGAGGCUGUCGGACAAUACGUCACCAGAGAAAAGGUGGAUUGCGACUUCAUAGCGACCCGUGCAUUUGAUGUGCAGCUCACCGAUGAUGUUCGUCGCAAAGUCGACAGCGGCUUCCGCGCCUUGGAAGCAGCUGGAUCUCGCGCGGUCCAGAAAACAUUCCCCAUACCGAACAAAUUCGCAGAAAAGGUCUCAGGAGUAAAGGGUGCCAAGAGUGCCUAUUCCUACCCUGCCGGCCACUGCUGGCCCUACCAACUGAUCCACCAUAUGUUUUCGAAAGCCGUCAAGAAAGGCGUCAACUUACAGACCGAGACAUUGGUCAAGGCGUUAUCCGAGACACGCGAUCACGAUGGUUACUGGCUCAUAACCACGGAUCGAGGGACGAUUCGCACAAACAAGGUCGUCGUGACAACCAACGCAUACACUGCAGCGAUCCUGCCCGAGUACCGAGAUAAAAUAGUGCCAUACAAGGGCAUAUGUUGUCGCAUUGCAUGCCCGCCGGAUCAAGCGCCACCACUGCUUACCAACUCGUACGGUUUGCGGUUCUCGGAUUGGGACUUCGACUAUCUUAUACCGCGGCCCGACGGAAGCAUCAUCGUAGGGGGUGCUCGGGAACGUUACUUUCGUAAUCUGCAUAGUUGGUAUGCCAAUUGCGAUGACAGCGAAUUGAUCGAAGAAGCAAAGUCGUAUUUUGAUGGAUAUAUGCAACGUCACUUCCAUGGUUGGGAAAACUCCCAAGCUCAUGUGACUCACAUUUGGACCGGAAUAAUGGGCUACUCUUCUGACCGCCUGCCUCGAGUCGGCGCUGUACCAUAUCGACCAGGUAUCUUUAUCAUGGGAGGGUUCACAGGUCACGGAAUGCCACAGAUCUUCUUAACUGCUCGGGGCCUUGUUGACCUGGUACAGCACGACAAACGGUUUGACCAAUCUGGUAUACCCCGUCUUUUUGAAGAGACAAAGGAAAGGCUAAACAGAAAGGAAAAUGGUGUAAUGGAUUUGUGGCGGAUGAGUCAAUAUCGAAGCUCCUUAUGA